UUAUGGUGCGUUACAAGGGCUCAAGGUCACCUCUGCGUCGUUCUGCAGCAGGAUUUCUUGAUGGAACUGGAAUUCUUCAUUCAUGUCUUUGGCCUUUCAGCUUGAAAGAAUGUGUUCUUCAAAUCAGCAGGGAGGAGCAGGGUGUAAUCCGCACAUUCACACACUUUCACCCACCUGGGAGCUGCUCGGUAUCAUCAGUGUCGCAGCGUUUUAUUGACAGACCACUUGCACCAACUGCUGAGCGGUAGGUACAUGUGCAGUGAGCUUCGGCUACGAAAGCAGUCCAGGGCACGAGCCAAAGGAGCACACACCCACCAGCAGACAGCAUUCUUCAACAGAUCUGGGACUGCGAUCAUCUGAGGCACUGAAACCAGCAGAUAAACUUCCAGAAAGAUCCUGUGCUCGCACUUUUACACCCUUCAGCAGGCUGCAGUCAAAAGGCUCUCACACAGCUAAGCCGGUGACUCACCCCAUCUGCGUCUCUUGCUGAGCCAUUAUUACCAUGGAAACCCCGAGCCAAAAACGCACCAGCCGCAGCGCCGUCUCUCCGGCCCGCAUCACCAGGCUGCAGGAGAAGGAGGAGCUGUGCAACCUCAACGACCGGCUGGCCGUGUACAUCGACAAGGUGCGCUCCUUGGAGUCGGAGAACGCCGGGCUGCGGUUGCGCAUCAGCGAGUCUGAGUCCUCGGUCACCCGUGAUCUGUCGGGCAUCAAGACGGCCUAUGAGACGGAGCUGGCGGAUGCCCGCAAGACUCUCGACCAGGUGGCCAAGGAGCGAGCACGCCUGCAGCUGGAGCUCAGCAAGAUCAAGGAGGAGCACAAAGAGCUCAAAGCCAGGAACACCAAGAAGGAGUCUGACCUGGAGGCAGCUCUGGUCAGGUUGAGGGACUUAGAAGCUCUGCUCAACUCCAAAGAUGCUGCCCUCAGCACUGCCUUGGGGGAGAAGCGAACCCUGGAGGCAGAGGUGAAGGACCUCAAGGCCCAGCUGGCGAAGUUGGAAGUAAACUUGGCUGAUGCCAAGAGGCAGCUGCAGGAUGAGAUGCUGAGGAGAGUGGACGCCGAGAACCGCCUGCAGACCCUGAAGGAGGAGCUGGAGUUCCAGAAGAACAUCUACAACGAGGAGCUGCGUGACUCCAAGCGUCGCUUUGAGACCCGCAUGGUGGAGAUUGACAGCGGGCGGCAGCAGGAGUUCGACAGCAAGCUCGCCGAGGCUCUGAUUGACCUUAGAGGCCAGCACGAGGAGCAGGUCCGCCUCUACAAGGAGGAAAUCGAGAAGACCUACAACUCCAAGUUGGAAAAUGCCCGUCACUCAGCUGACAGGAACAGCAGCUUGGUGGGAGCUGCCCACGAAGAGCUGCAGCAGACCCGGAUCCGAAUGGAGAGCCUGUCAGGCCAGCUGAGCCAGCUGCAGAAACAGCUGUCGGCAAGCGAGGCCAAGACGCGGGAGCUUGAGGAGGCUCUGACACGCGAGCGCGACCUGAUGAGGCGACGGCUGGAGGACAAAGAUCGGGAUAUCACCGAGAUCCGAGCCCGGAUGCAGCAGCAGCUGGAUGAGUACCAGGAGCUGCUGGACAUCAAACUGGCCCUGGACAUGGAGAUCCAUGCUUACAGGAAGCUGCUGGAGGGAGAGGAGGAGAGGCUGCGUCUGUCACCCAGUCCUCCACCCACAAAAGUCACGGUGUCGCGGACCUCUGGCUCAGGCCACUCUCAGACCACCCGGGUGCACCACUCCUCCUCCGCCGCCGCUGCCUCCAGCAGCCGCAACUCCUCUGGGAUGAGCGUCUCAAAGAAGCGCCGCCUCAACGACAAUGACAGCGAGACCUCCAGCGUGACAGGAAACACUGUGACCAAGACUCGCAUCAGUCAGCAAGCCUCGGCCAGUGGACGCAUCACGGUGGACGAGGUUGAUAUGGAGGGAAGAUACAUCCGUCUCAGCAACAAGGCUGAUGAGGACCAAUCACUGGGCAAUUGGCAAGUGAAGAGACAGGUUGGGAAUUCAACCCCAAUCAUCUACAAGUUUCCCCACAAGUUCACUCUGAAGGCCGGCGGGACUGUGACUGUCUGGGCUGCGUCUGGUGGUGGAACCCACAACCCACCCACUGACCUGGUGUGGAAGAGCCAGAACUCUUGGGGUACUGGUGACCUGCUGCAGACCUCCCUCAUCAGUGCUAAUGGAGAGGAAAUGGCCAUGAGGAAAGUGACCCGCACCCUGUUCCAUGACGAUGAUGAAGAUGAUGACAUGGGAGCUCACAGCACAAGCGGCGCAGACAACGAGUACAACCUGCGCAGCCGCAAGGUGAUGUGCGACUCCUGCGGGCAGCCGAAGGAGCGCGCCGGUGGUUGCAGCAGUCUAGCUGAAGGCCUCCCAGGACAUUCCUACUUCAUGGGCACCAAUGAGCCCAGACAGGGCCGCAUGAAGCCGGAGAACUGCUCCAUCAUGUAAAAACCAGACAGCACCUCACCUGAACCCAGCACCUCCUGCAGCCCACAGGGGAGAAUGAUUUUUCUACCGUCGGGAUGUUUGUCUUUAUUUUUUUAUACGAUUGUGUCUUAUUUUGUAUUCAGAUUAUUCUGCGGGUUAGAUUUGCUUUGAGGGCGUAGGAUUUUCACAUAUAGCUUUCAAGUUUGUAUAUUCAGCUUAUUUUACUGCAUGUUUGCUGUUUGCUGUUUGCUCGUGCUGUUCUCCGCUCUGCUUGCAAACACACACACACACACACAGCUCCAGUGACCAGGGCUUGUGCUUCGAUCCGAGACGGGGUUUCACAUUUAAUGGCCAGGCUGUCAACACUCAACACGCACAGCUAGUGGACCCUAUCAGGAAAACAGCCGUACAGGCGAGAGGAGGAUGGCUCCUCUGGACUUUGUUAAUCAUGUUUGUUUCCCAUCAAACAGAUCAAUUCUUUAUUUAAAGCCAAUGUUUACAACUAAAACAUUUUUUGGAGCAGUGUUGUGCUAUAUUUAUGGAUAAAAUAUUGUAGGAAAAGUCUCCAGAGAAAGCCAAAGCGAUGUAAGCUCAGGGUUUUUUGUUUGUUUGUUUUUUCACCUUAGCCUUAAACAAACGGGGUGAUGAUAUGUUUUCUAUGUGAUGCUGUCGGGCAGCUGUGGUGCACACAGAGAAAAUGAGUACUUGAGAUGAAUAUAUGUACACGGCUCGCUCCCCAACGAAUGUAUUCAUUAUGUUUUUGGAAUGUUUAAAGAAAGAAGGGAAUUAUUGGGUAAUGUGUCUGGUUAAGUGCUUCUUGGCUUUGAGUGCGUUUAAUCAUGAUGGGAGAGGUUUAUUUUGUACCUGGGGGAAUGUCAGCAGAAGGUACUGUUUUUUGAUAGAUUGGGUGCCAUAUAUAGAGAGUAUAUAUUAAUGGGCUCUGUUUCUAUUUGCAGUAGAUUUUGGACAUGACUGUUUAACCGAUUAGAAAUACAGAUGUGCCUUCAGAGGCAACAUCUGCAGUUUUUGUUUUUCCCGCUCACAUGCUUCAUACGGGAGUCUUGUGACCGUCAGCUGUCCUCCGAUCCGUGUUGCUCCUAAAAGCUGGUCAUAAGGGCUUUGAAUUUUCUUUCUUUCCUCUAAGCUUUACCGACUUUGCAAAUCCCUGGAUCUGAUUUUGGGACCUCUGUUAGAUUGAGGGGUUUGUGUGACUUUGUAGCUUUGGCUUCAUGCACUGCUUUUUGCCAGUUAUGCACAGCAGGUAGAUUUGUAGUCUAGUCUGGCAGCUUAACUCAUUUAUACUCCAGUGGAAAGCAUAUCAAAGCAUUUGUGGAAGAUACUUGAUAGCUGUCGUGGUAUUGUUUUUGUGUGGGUUUUUUCUUUUUAUACUUAAAAAAAAAAAAGAGGCAAUUUCUGCAAAGUUUAAUUUUUAAAAUUUUUCGGCCACAAAAGGACAGUUCACCCCUAAAAUGAAACUUGUGUCCUCUGCCCUUUAAUGCUGUCUUGGUGUUUCCAGGGUUGGAGACGGCUGCAGAGAUGUCCGCCUUCUCGUUAAUAUAAUGCAACUCAUGUUGUGGUGCUCAGAGUACUGGAAAAUGCAUUUGAACAAACCAGAAAUCAUGACCUUGGUACUCAAAAAAAUCUACAGACCUUUUAUGAACAGUUUCUUGUAGGAACGACUUUCUUUCUAACUUCAUCCACCAACCGAAAGUAGCGUGCAGCUAGCUGACAUGAGCUGCUCGUCAGUGGAAGAUGCAGCGUUUAUCCAGCAGAGUGAGGAAACCAUCGGAUGUAGUGUCGUACAAAGAAAGAACUUCCUGUAUCAAACUGCUCAGUAGUAUGACCCGGUCAUGAUUUUUGGAAACAUUGAUGCUGAAUUUUCAAAUGUUUUUUGGCACUUUUAAUUUCAACAUAUUGAAGAGAAGUCUGACAUCUCUUCAAAACUGGGCUAGAUGCACAGAAAAGCUACAGGCAGGAGAAAAACAAAUAUGUAAACCUAACUAUGGUUUGAAUUGUGCUUUUUAGGUAGUUUGAUGCUCAGCGUGUCUCAUGAAGUCACUGACAAUCAGAGAAAUGACGUCUACAGUAUAAAUGUGUAUUAACAGAAAUCUUGUAGUUGUCAAAUGUCUACAUGUAAAGUGAUGAGAAAUGAUAACUGUAGUUGUUCAGUAUAUUCACAACAUAAUGCUUCAGAUCAGGUCAUCGAAACGUCAGGGGUGUAAUUAAGAACCAGAGUAACAAGGACUCGCUACA